CUUCUUGGUAGAAUUGCGACAUGUUAUAGCUCAUGAAGCCUCUCCAGAUUCUUGUAAGCGAUAAGUGUAUCAGAUUGAUUAAUUGAUGCGCGUUGUUUCUGCCACAUACCGCCUUCUGGCCUCACGACGCGAUCAACAACAUACAGAGGCCGUCGAUUUUCUACCCAUACGAAGAGACGAGACGAAACGAGACGAGACGAGAUGAGACUCCGGAACCAUGAUUAGCUCUAAUCUGACUUUCUGCCUCCGGAGAUCCUUGGAAUACUUCUUGCCUCCUUCGACCGAGGAACCGAACAUGGGGUCUCAUCCAUCUUGAAUCUCCGAAAGACAUGCAAGAUUCUAGAACAUCAUUAUCUUAGGAUGUUCUUUGACCAUCUUCGACUCCGGGUGAUCAAUCCUGAGGACGAGAGACAUAUGCGUGACAUGGAAACGAUCUCCCUCUAUGAAUCGCGUGGUUCCGUGGAGUACGACUACCUUAAGCAGUGCCUGCAUUUCAUGAAUAUCACCACUUCCUCCCGGGACGGACUCAGAGACUGUUUCGAGUUGGUCGAAUGCAUAGACAUCUUCAUCUGUGCUUGUGGGAUCGACAUCGAUGCGCUGCGGCAUUUGCUGAGCGACACGUACGAGAAUGGCUACUCACUAUGCGGCCUAACGAUCGUGAAUACAAGAAUGUUUUAUGGGAGCGCUGUUGAUGAUGGCUUGCUCGCCAAAGCUGGCCCACGUUCGCUGAUCAGCGCUAUCAACUCAUCUGUACACAAACUUGAGUACAUUCGCCUAGCAAACAUUGAUUAUCAUGAUGAGGACGUGCAGUGGCCUACCCAUGAGGAAUAUGGAGGGCUCGUCUUCAGAAAGAAGGAUGAGAUGCAAGGUAUCCUAAGUGCGCUUCAUGAUAGCUUACCAGAGGAAGAUCAAUCCGCAUUCCAGGCUCGAGCUCCCACAGUGCAAUCUCUCGAAGAUGAGGACGAGGAUAGCAAUUACAGCGAUACUGAGGCAAGAAGGUGGAGUGACAUCGCCGAUCUCUUGCACGAAAAUGGAAUGCUUUGGACAGAUCACGCAGGGACCGGACAUCCCAAACUUCAAGUUCGUGAGUUUCUCACUGUGCCAUGGACAUUACUUCCUCGUUUCAACCAGCGUACACAGAGUCUCGGUUUGCAAAGGGCUAAAGAACAAAGACAACUAGUAAUUAGUGUUACUUGCUAGUAAUCAUUCAAAGCUUCGCUUGUCGCUUCUCACGCAAGACCGUGCUAUCCGUCCUCACACCCUCAUCAUCCUGCUCUUCAACAGUAAGAUCCGGAAAGUCUUUCGGCAUGAUCCUCCUCGGUACAGCGCCAGGCACAAGACUAUACUUGCCAAAAUCCGCCACACCCUUGAAGUCCCUCAGGAAAUCUUCAUCCGUAGUCAACAACCCAGUAACAUUCCCCGUCUUCUCCUCCAGCAUUCCCAAGAUAGCAUCCGAAAACACCGUCGCCUUUCUCAGAUCAUUCCUCUUAUCCAUAUCCGCCGCCACAGCUUCCCCAGUAGCCGCACUUUCAAUAGCCACAGCAGGCCAUAUCCCCGUGAUACUCAUAUCUUUCUUUCCUUCUCUUAUCCAAUCCAUAGAUAGACCUUUUACCAAUACACUCAUACCCACUUUACCCACAGCA